CGGAAAACCGGCCUGCCGAGGUGCAUGCUGGGUCGUGUAGUCUACCUAAGAUGUGAAAACUGAGGCCUGAGGCUCCGGGAAGAGGAAGUCGGAACCUUAGGAUGUAGCUACAGCGGAGGAGAAGAGGGAGCUAGAUAAGAGACGGAAAUGACGCUACGCCUGCUCUGGGCGGAAGUUCCCCGCCCCACCCGUAAGAGUUGAGGUUUGACCAGAGCAAGUGAGCAUCCUGCCUGGCUUCCAGUUGUGUGCAGCUCCUCCCUCCUGUCGCUGCAGGUGUUAGUCCUGGGACUCAGAUGGACCACACAUCCCCAACCUACAUGCUUGCUAACUUAACCCACUUACAUUCUGAACAACUUCUGCAGGGCUUGAAUCUUCUUCGUCAGCAUCACGAACUCUGUGACAUCAUUCUUCGUGUAGGUGAUGUUAAAAUUCAUGCUCACAAAGUGGUACUCGCCAGCAUCAGCCCAUAUUUUAAAGCUAUGUUCACUGGAAACCUUUCUGAAAAAGAAAACAGUGAGGUUGAGUUUCAGUGCAUUGAUGAAACUGCCCUCCAGGCCAUUGUGGAGUAUGCCUACACAGGAACUGUUUUCAUUUCUCAGGACACUGUUGAAUCUCUCCUUCCAGCAGCAAACCUACUCCAGAUAAAACUUGUCCUGAAAGAAUGUUGCGCUUUUCUUGAAAGCCAACUUGAUCCUGGUAAUUGUAUUGGAAUUUCUCGUUUUGCAGAGACAUAUGGUUGUCAUGACCUGUAUUUGGCAGCUACUAAAUACAUAUGUCAGAAUUUUGAAGCUGUUUGCCAGACAGAAGAGUUUUUUGAGCUUACACAUGCUGAUUUGGAUGAAAUUGUCUCCAAUGACUGUUUGAAUGUAGCUACCGAAGAGACUGUUUUCUAUGCACUAGAGUCUUGGAUCAAGUAUGAUGUACAAGAACGUCAGAAGUACUUAGCCCAGCUUCUGAACAGUGUACGAUUACCAUUGCUGAGUGUUAAGUUUCUCACUAGGCUAUAUGAAGCAAAUCAUCUUAUUCGUGAUGAUCGCACUUGCAAGCAUCUUUUGAAUGAAGCCCUCAAGUACCACUUCAUGCCUGAACAUAGACUCUCUCAUCAGACAGUAUUGAUGACGCGACCCCGUUGUGCUCCCAAAGUACUUUGUGCAGUAGGAGGGAAGUCUGGACUCUUUGCCUGUUUGGAUAGUGUGGAGAUGUACUUCCCUCAGAAUGACUCUUGGAUUGGUUUGGCGCCUCUAAAUAUUCCUCGCUAUGAAUUUGGAAUUUGUGUUUUAGAUCAGAAAGUGUAUGUGAUAGGUGGUAUUGAAACUAACGUGCGCCCUGGUGUCACGAUUCGAAAACAUGAAAACUCAGUAGAAUGCUGGAAUCCUGAUACAAAUACUUGGACUUCUCUAGAAAGAAUGAAUGAGAGCCGAAGUACCCUUGGAGUAGUAGUACUUGCAGGAGAACUUUAUGCUUUAGGGGGAUAUGAUGGACAGUCUUACUUGCAAUCUGUUGAGAAAUAUAUCCCCAAAAUAAGACAAUGGCAUCCUGUAGCACCGAUGACUACCACAAGAAGUUGUUUUGCUGCAGCUGUUUUGGAUGGGAUGAUAUAUGCCAUCGGUGGGUAUGGUCCUGCACACAUGAACAGUGUGGAGCGUUAUGACCCAAGUAAGGAUUCCUGGGAGAUGGUUGCAUCCAUGGCAGAUAAAAGGAUUCACUUUGGCGUGGGAGUUAUGCUGGGCUUUAUUUUUGUGGUAGGUGGGCAUAAUGGUGUCUCACAUUUAUCAAGCAUUGAAAGAUAUGACCCUCAUCAAAAUCAGUGGACAGUGUGUCAACCAAUGAAAGAACCCAGAACAGGAGUUGGUGCUGCUGUUGUCGAUAAUUACCUUUAUGUAGUCGGGGGUCACUCGGGGUCUUCCUACCUGAACACAGUACAGAAGUACGACCCUAUCUCAGACACAUGGCUGGACUCAGCAGGCAUGAUAUAUUGUCGCUGCAAUUUUGGAUUAACUGCACUUUGAUGAGUGUGAAUUUUUGGAAAGCUGGUGGUGAAGCAUGUGCCACAUGAAAUAAUGCCCUGUUUCCAGAAACCUAAGAGCUGCAUUGCUUUCUUCCUAACUUGAAGUGGCAUAUAGACUCAGUUUGUUGGGUACUUUCAACUGGCCAGCAGUUUGGAAUGCUCUUGAUUAUAUAGUAAAUCAAUAAUCCAAAAAAAAAAAAAAAAAAAA